AUGCGGUCAUCAUCAACUAGGAGAACAACUUCCAGAGCAGUGUCUGACACUCACAAAGACCUACCAAGACACACAAGUACUAUGAAGAGUCGUUAUGAAUUAGGUGGUGGUGAUGUAGAUUGGAUGCGUGGAAGAGUUUAUCUUAAGCCGGAAGAUCAAUUACAGUUAUCAGAAGAAGAAUUACAAGAAGAAUUUGCAAGAGUUCUAACUAUACAUAAUACGCGAGUUCCAGAUUCUUUGGUUGAAUGGUCAUGGAAAUUAAAAGAAUUUAUAAAAUUACCUCCUCCACCACACUUAGUAACUCUUUUAAGUGUGCCUGGAAUAAUAUUACAUAAAGAUUCUGAGGAAGCAAAAAUACAAUUAGCAGGUGGACUUGUUGUUGAAAGUCAUCAUGACGUAGUACCUGUACUACAUGAAGAUGAAGAAGAAGAAGGUGAAGAAGAUGAAGAAGAAGGGGAGGAAACAGAAACUAUGAAAGAGAAAGAUGAAGAAAUUGAACAUGAAGAAGAAACUGUACAAGAAGAAGAACACAAAGAACCUGAACCUGACAUUGAACCAGAUGAGGAAGAGAUGGAAACAGUAAAACCUAAAAAGAUACCAAAUCAGUUUAAUUUUUGUGAAAGGGCUGCUUUGACUUAUACUAAUCCCAUGCGAGAAAUGAGUACACAAACUGUACCUCCACCAACAGCAUUAUUUAAUGCCCAUGUUUUCCAAUGGACAAUCUUUGAUGAAUAUCAAAAAGAUUAUGCUCAAAAAGAACGUGAAAGAGAAAAAGAAAAAAGAAUUCCGCUUCUACCAUCAAAAAAGGAGGAUUCCAAACAAAAGGCUCAAACAGAAUCCAUGGCAUUAACAUCAAGAAUGUUACAAGCUGCAAAAACUUUAGAACGAAUGGUGAACCAAAAUAUUUUUGAUGAUAUAGCUCAAGAUUACAGAUAUUGGGAUGAUCCAAGUGAUGAAUUUAAAAAUGAAGAAGGUUCAUUAUUGCCCUUAUGGAAAUUUAGUUAUGAAAAGACUAAAAAGCAUGAUGUCACAGAUUUAUGUUUUAAUGGCAGAUAUUAUGAUUUGUUUGCAGUAUCUUAUGGAACAAUGUCAUUUAAUAGUUCAAUAACAAAUGGAAAAGUGUGCCUAUUUAGUUUGAAAAAUCCAUCAUAUCCAGAAUGGAUCUGCCCAAUAGAUUCUCCAGUAAUGUGUUUAUCUUUCAGUGAACAACAUCCACACCUUCUAGUUAUUGGUACCAUGGAUGGUGCUGUAGCUGUGUAUAAUGUCAUGUUACCACCAACAACUCCACAAUAUAAGAGUAAUGAUGUUACUCAAAAACAUGGGGGUAUAGUAUGGGAGGUAUGUUGGGCACCAGAUACAGAAGAAGGAAAUUUGGCAUUCUACAGUGUCAGCAUUGAUGGAAAAAUAAAUUACUGGAUAUUAAACCAAAAUGAUCUUGGUUUGACAACAGUAAUGACACUGUUCUUAGACAGACCUCCAAUAGCUGGUCCAGAUGGUACUAUGAUUACACUUAAAGGAUGUGGAACAUGUCUUGCAUUUCAUCCUGCAGAUCAAAAUGUAUUCCUUGUGGGAACAGAGGAAGGAACAAUUUAUAAAUGCAAUACAGCAUAUAGUAGUGUUUAUAUGAAGACUUAUAAUGAAGCACAUAACAUGCCAGUAUACAGAAUAGUAUUUAAUAAAUUUAAUUCUAGCAUAUUUGCAAGUUGUUCAGGUGACUGGAGGAUAAAAAUAUGGGAAGAUAAUAGAAUGAAACCUUUAUUUAUGUUUGAUCUUGGUGUACCAAUUGGAGAUGUUCAAUGGGCUCCAUACAGUUCAACAGUAUUUGCUUGUGUUUCAAAUGAUGGAAAAGUUACAGUAUUUGAUUUAAAUGUAAAUAAAUACAGGCCAAUAUGCAGUCAACCAGUUGUUAGUAGAAAGAAAAAUAAACUGACCCGUAUAGCAUUUAACAAUGAUUUACCAUUUAUUAUUGUUGGUGAUGAUAAAGGGACAGUCACUACAUUAAAAUUGUCACCAAAUCUCAGAAUAAAAGUGAAACCAACAAAAAGGCAACUUCAUCUAACACAUCGAGAAUUAGAAAUUAUGAAAUUGGAGAAAUUAUUAAGUUUUGUACGAGAACCAUCUAUAUUGGUACCACCAGAAGAUACAAGAAAAGCAAGAAAUUAAAUGAUUUUUUAAGAAAAUAAAAAAGUUGUAUGUACGUAUAUAUUUUGUUUCGGCUAUUCUUCCAAAUAGCAACCGCGGCCGAUCGACAUGAAAUUUAAAAGGAAAUCUAACUACAACGAUGCGAGGGUUAUUACGCAAUGAAGUUGUUUGUGUAGCGUAUUGUAUAUGUUUAGGUGGUGGUAUAAACAAUUUCCAACAUUUUUUUUUAUUAAUAUCUUAGAACUAUUUAAUUUCUAAAGUUUAUAUUUGGCGACUAUUCUCUCUGCUUCUUCGCCCCACCCUACCAAAUUUCAUAUCGAUUGGCCAUGGGUUUCAUUUGGAAGAAUACCCUUUGUUUCUCAUAAUA